AUGGAAAACGCGACGGAAAACCCCAGCAAGGCGGCUGAGUACCUGAAGGAGCUCAAUAACAUUAUCAAGACCCAGCAGGAGUUGCUGGAGAAGCAGAAGGGUUGCAUUGAGGAACUCAAACGCCAAGUGCAUGAGCUGUGCGAGGAGGACGUGUGCCUCAAAGAACAGCAUCAGAGGCACCUGGCGACCUGCAGACUGCAGCAGCUCAGCUCCAUUAAGGAAAAUGUCAUGCAAGAAGAAAGAGGGCAAGAACUGCUUUUGUAUUGGAGCAGAUCGCUGGCCUUCAUUCCUUGUGCACUUUGCUACGUCAGCUCUUAG